GGCAUUUUAAAACGGUAUUUUCUUAUGAAAGGGGUAGCAGCCUGAGUGUCCAUAGAUAGUUGCAUGAAGCAACUGCAAAAAAGGACAAAACCAUGUUGUAGGUUCCUGUAGCAUCUUAAUACAUUUGUGGCAUGCUAUCGGUAGACGGCCAGAGCCCGCUGCCUCAGGUGCGAUGAAGCGUGUCCUCAGCUAAAUACAGAAGACGCAGAAAAUCACCAAUACAGAGAUGUAUGACUUACACAAGGUGCAGGUUGGGGGUUCAGUGAACACCCAGUUCGUGACUCAUGGACCGCCUGAUGGAGAAGAGCAGGUUGCAUCCCACUCAUAUUGAGAUGCCUUUACUCUGGAAGUGACUUAAAGUAGAAGAUUUCUAGGACACUACAAGUUUGUAAGAAGGAAAAUGAGUGACUGUACAGAGGCUGUGGUGAAAAUACCUUUCGGAAACAAAUAUCUAGAUGGUGUUUUUUCCAUUCCUGGCGAAAUACUACCAUAUGCUGUGAUUUUUACCCAUGGAGCAUCUGGCGAUAUGAAUUUUUCUCAUCUUGUAUCUUUGGCAAACUACCUUGUCUCUCAUGGACUUCUGUGCCUUAGGUUUACCUGUAAAGGCCUUAACCUUGCCUAUCGAACUAAAGCAUAUAAGGCCGUCCUGGAAUAUUUAAGAUCUUCUAGGGAUUAUAAACUUUCGGGUGUUUUCCUUGCAGGCCGCUCAAUGGGUUCCCGUGCUGCGGCCUCUGUGACACGUCAAGCUGAUGAAGAUAAUGAUGGCUUCGUUCUCGGCCUGAUAUGUCUUUCUUAUCCACUGCACCGACCAAAUCUUCAGUCCAAACUUCGGGAUGAAGAUUUGUUUUUGCUCAAGUCCCCUGUGCUUUUUGUGUCUGGCAGUGCAGAUGAGUUGUGUGAUAAAAAAUUGUUGGAAGAAGUUGCAAUCAAAAUGAAAGCACCUCAGAAAAUCCAUUGGAUUGAAAAUGCAAAUCAUAGCAUGGCUGCAACAGGACGAACUACGGAGGAGGUUUUGUUGGAAAUAAACUUGCAGGUUUUGUCUUGGAUCAAAGAAGUCACUGCUUAAGAACUGAUACUAUUGCUAACUGCUAUGCAGUAUCUACCCAGUAACAGUCUGUAUAUGUGAGCGAUUAAUAACACCUUUGAAUAGGAGUAAGCUUUCAGCAACCCAAAAAUGUAUUGACAAAUAAACCUGGAUGUUGUCCAUGA